AUGUUCUCUUGGAUGAAGUUUCGCCGCUCUUCGGCCCUGCCAGACGAUGUGCAGGCCGACGACAUUCACAAGAUUAUCGAGCUGGUUAUGGACGCGAUUGUGAAGGACAACGAGACCACGAUGCGCGAGCUUGUGGAGAGGAAUCUGAUUGACGACGACUUCCGGAUCGGGCGCUCCAAGCGAAGCGUCAUCCACCUCGCCGCAAGCUUUGGUGCCACCAACUGCCUCAGGCUACUUGCAAAGCGCGGGUUUGAUGUCAAUUCCAAAGACAUUGGGCAGGUUACGCCGCUGCACCUAGCAGCUCGCAACGGCCACAAGGCCUGCGUUAAAGCCCUCGUCGCGGACUUCCACGCAGACACGACACUGACGGACUGCAACGGGUUUACGGUGCUGCACUGGCUGGCGUCGAACGGGCGCACGCAGCUGCUCAACCACACGCUCCUCCUCGGCCUCAACUGCGACGUCAUCGACACACACGGACAGACGCUGCUGCAUGUGGCGUGCCACAGCGGUCACGCCGCCACCGUUGAACAGCUGAUUGAACACGGCAUCGAUGUCAAUGCACAGGACAACAACUUCAUGACGGCGCUGCACAGCGUGUGCAAGUUUGGACAGCCCGUAUGCGCAUCCGCCCUGCUGAAGCACGGGGCAAUCCAGCUCCUUGACAAGGAGGGAAAGCUGCCCAUCAACCAUGCCCUUGAAAAUGGACAGAAGGAGUGCGUUUUAUUGCUGGUGGAACAUGUGCCUGAGCUCAUGUCGCACGUCCUCAAAUACACCCUCUCUACAACUGCCGACUUUGAAACGUCGCUCGCGGUUCUGAAGCACCUCUGCACCUCCCGCAACAGCUUCACCCAGGCUGUGGUGAAGGAGACAGUGUCAUGCACGCUGCUGUCCGGACAAAAGCUCCUGUGCACGUCCGGCGAGUUUGCGGAAGUUGUGCCCAGUUUUCGGAGGCUGGCGCUGCUGCUAUCGCAGCUGCUUGCAGGCAUUUGGAACGACGAUGAGCUGAAACUGGAUGACAUGCUGCUACAACUGCUUGAUCGAGAGGUGGACACACUGCAACAGCGGGAGCGGCAGGCUGCCUCCACGGAGGAGCUUGCACCACGCAUCAUGCUCGCUGUUCGCGGCAUGUAUCAACUCUUCCAAGCACGCAUGGCGGGCUCUGCGCGCGAGUGCAGUGGGCGUUUCCUUGAGUUUGCGCAAUCGCACGCAUCGGCGUUCCAUGAACUCGUGCGCGUGUGUCCGUCCGCUCUUCUCGAAGACUUUGACUUUGUCCUCAACCACCAGGAACUCAUGAAAGUGUUCCGCCCUGCUGUGCUGCAGCAGCCAUUUUCGUCGCGUCGUCAGUGGUUCAACGAGAGAUUGUCUGCUCUGCACGAGCAGACGGCGACACCACACCCCGACGCACCCGUCCUCAUCGUCGACAGAAACAAUCUGCUGCAGUCGUCGUGCGAGCGGCUGAAAGCGCUUGAUCGCGGCGAUGUUGCUACGCCGUUUGCAAUCGAAUUCCGCGACGAGGCAGGCCACGGCCACGGCGUCAAGCGGGAGUGGUUUGCGCUUCUGAGCAAAGAGAUCUUCAAUCCAGAUUACGCCCUGUUUGAACUCUCGCCCGACGGCCAGUCGUACGUUCCCAACAUCAACUCGAGUGUCAACCCGGACCAUCUUUCCUAUUUCCAUUUCGUCGGCCGCAUUCUCGCCCUCUCUCUCCUCCACCAACAGACGCUGCCUGUUCGUCUUUCCCUUCCAGUGUACAAACACCUCCUUGGCCUACCACCAACCAUCCAGGACGUUGCAAUGUUUGAUGCGACAUAUGCGCAGAGUCUGGAGUGGAUGCUGGGCAACAACAUUGACGACGCCGGACUUGAGAUGACGUUCAGUGUUGAGCACGCGGCCUUUGGUGAUGUGUUGGAGGAGGAGCUCAUUCCAAACGGCAAACACAUCCCCGUCACGGAGGAGAACAAGCGGGGCUACGUGCAGAUGCUGUGCGAGUGGAAGAUGACAAAAGCAGUGAGUGCGCAGCUGAAUGCCAUGUCGGGUGGCUUCUCAGAAUACAUCCCACCGGUGCUCGUGCAGCUGUUUCGCGAGGAGGAGUUGGCGCUCAUCAUCAGCGGUGAGACAAACAUCGACGUCAACGACUGGCGCCAGCACACAGAAUACAGGUUGGUCGGGUUUGACUCCGAGGAUGAGGUGGUUGAUUGGUUUUGGGAAUGUGUUGGCGAACUUUCGCAGGAAAAGCGGUCCCUUCUUCUGCAAUUUGCAACAGGAUCACCAACACUGCCCGUGGGCGGCUUUGAGUUCAUCCCGACGUCUGAUGGAAUGGCAAAAUUCACCAUCGCCAGAACCACAACCGACCACGACCUCCCAACAGCAAGCACAUGCUUCAACCUCCUUCGCCUUGCGCAAUACGACAGCAAAGAUGAGCUGAGAACUGCCCUGGAUACCGCCCUCUCAUAUGGGGCAGAGGGAUUCUCAUUCGCAUGA